AUGGACGCAUCGUCCAUUAUAACUCAAGUGUCACGGGAUGACGAACAACUAAACAACUAUGGAUCCGCCAGCGGGUCUGUGUACGUCCCUGGCGGACAGCAAAACGAUGGAGAUGGAACACCUGUAUCGGGCUCCACUCCACUGGGAAGUAAGAAAUCGAGCGGUAGUGGAGGCUUCCUACGAUCCUUAUUAUGUUGUUGGCGAGGCGGGCGUGGCAAGGGUCCACCUGGUGGCAAUGGUACAAACAGCAUCGAUGGAAGGGCCUCACCCCCCCUUCUUGUCAUGUCAGAUCACACAGCAAGGCCAUUGUUACCACCUGUAAGACAUCAGGAUAUGCAUAAGAAGUGUAUGGUGAUUGAUCUUGACGAAACAUUGGUACACAGCUCCUUUAAGCCCAUCAACAACGCAGACUUCGUGGUGCCGGUGGAAAUAGACGGCGCGGUACACCAAGUGUAUGUACUGAAGCGGCCGCACGUAGACGAGUUCUUACGGCGUUGCGGAGAGUUGUACGAGUGCGUACUCUUUACUGCGUCGUUGGCUAAAUACGCGGACCCUGUAGCUGAUCUAUUGGACAGAUGGGGCGUAUUCAGAGCGCGGCUUUUCCGCGACAGUUGCGUGUUCCACCGCGGCAACUACGUAAAGGACCUGAACAGUCUCGGCCGCGACCUGCGCCGUGUCGUCAUAGUGGACAACUCGCCCGCCUCAUACAUAUUCCACCCGGAUAAUGCUGUACCUGUCGCGUCAUGGUUCGACGACAUGACAGAUUCAGAACUAUUGGACUUGAUACCGUUUUUCGAGAAAUUAAGCAAGCGACCACCCGACCCCCGAGGGGUCCCGGCGACCCCCGGCGCCGGCGGCUGGCGAUACACGCGCGUCCCCACGCACGACCCGCUCGGUCCCUUCGACCCCGACGUGCUAGUGUUGCCGGACACCGGCGGGGUCCCGGCGACGCCCGGCGCCGGCGGCCGGCGGUACACGCGCGUGCCCACGCACGACCCGCUCGGUCCCUUCGACCCCGACGUGCUAGUGUUGCCGGACACCGGCGGGGUCCCGGCGACGCCCGGCGCCGGCGGCCGGCGGUACACGCGCGUGCCCACGCACGACCCGCUCGGUCACUGCGACCCCGUCGUCCUCGUGUUGCCGGACACCCGCGUGGUCCACGCGACCCCCUCGCUAACCCUCCUCGAGACACUCAUAAAGAAAGGAGCGAACUUCGUCUUAAGUGCCAAUUUUGCCUUGUGGUUGAUAAGGACGUUAUUUGUACCUAUUAUACGGUUUAGGUAUCUAGUGCGUAAGUGGUCCGUG